AUGGCAGAACUACAGCGGAUUGUUGACGAGAGAGACUCGGUAGCCUUGAACAAUGUGAUGUCCAAGAUGCAAAUGUACAAUGGACAAGUCUUGGGAUCGGGUGCCUACUUCUUCAGAAAUAGAAAACAGUUAGAGGCGUUGAUGCAAGCUGAAGGGAUGCCAACGCUGUGGUUCACCUUUACGGCAGCUGACAAUCAUUGGUUCGACUUACAUGCUUUUGGAGACAACAUGGGAGAGGGAUUGACUGAGAAGCAAAAGUUGAAGAAGCGUGCCAGCGGCAUUAUAGUAUCUGGUGCACAAAAUGUUUGCCACUGUCAAAUGCAUUCUUUCACAGAUCGCAUUUGCGGUCGCAUUCUUGCUAGUGGUUCCGCCAUCAUGGAUUCCCCAAGUAGCGAGUUUCGCUUGGAAAGCUUCGCCAAUGAAUUUGCCUCCUUGAUCGUGAAUACAUUUGUAUGGUCUCAGAUACCGCAACAACCACAGCAUUUCAAACACGCUUGCUACGUGUGUUGCAGUUUUAUUCUCAAUAAAAGCAAGUUCAGUGAGAUUUGUCACGGGAUCAAUACAAGCCAACGCGUUGAAUUCAAGUUCUCUACCGUUGACUUCAAUUUUCCAUGGACCAAUCAACUCGACCGCAACGGAGAACCAUGGAACCAAAUCCGCAGGUCAUUCAGGAGAAUAGAACCGGUGUUCCUGAAUAUCUCCAUCUCGGCAACAGGAGAACUGACAUCAAAAGAUUUCGUCUCCAGGAUCAACAGAAACCUGUAA